AUGUUGUGGCUUAGUAUUUCCUCCUUCCUCUCGAAUAAUGGUCAGGCUAGCUUUGCACUCAUUGUUAAUCCUGACCUAUCUUUCUAUAUUUCCUCCUUCUCACUGUUUGGUCUGCUUUACUCUGUAGAUCUAUCUUUGUAUAUUUCCCCAUCGUCACUGUUAGGUCUCUUUUACUCUGUAGACCUAACUUUCUAUAUUUCCCCCUCCUCACUGUUUGGUCUCUUUUACACUGUAGACGUAUCUUUAUUUCCCUCUCAUCACUGUUUGGUCUCUUUUACUGUACCUAUCUUUCCAUAUUUCCCCCUCCUCACUGUUUGGUCUCUUUUACUCUGUAGACGUAUCUUUCCCUAUUUACCUCUCCUCACUGUUUGGUCUCUUUUACUGUGUAGACCUAUCUUUCUAUAUUUCCCCUCCUCACUGUUUGGUCUCUUUUACUCUGUAGACCUAUCUUUCUAUAUUUCCCCUUUCGCACUACCUAUCUUUCUAUAUUUCCUCCUUCUCACUGUUUGGUCUGCUUUACUCUGUAGACCUAUCUUUCUAUAUUUCCCCCUCCUCACUGUUUGGUCUCUUUUACUCUGUAGACCUAUCUUUCUAUAUUUCCUCCUCCUCACUUUUUGGUCUCUUUUAAUCUGUAGACCUAUCUUUCUAUAUUUCCUCCUCCUCACUGUUUGGUCUCUUUUAAUCUGUAGACCUAUCUUUCUAUAUUUCCCCCUCCACACGGUUUGGUCUCUUUUACUCUGUAGACCUAUCGUUCUAUAUUCCCACUCCUCACUGUUUGGUCUCUUUUACUCUGUAGAUCUAUCUUUCUAUAUUUCCACCUCCUCACUCUUUGACCUAUCUUUCUAUAUUUCCUCCUUCUCACUGUUUGGUCUCCUUUACUCUGUAGACCUAUCGUUCUUUAUUUCACCCUCCUCACUGUUUGGUCUCUUUUACUCUAUCUAUCUUUCUAUAUUUCCCCCCUCCUCACUGUUAGAUCUCUUUUACUCUAUAGACCUAUCUUUCUAUAUUUGCCCCUCCUCACUGUUUGGUCUCUUUUACUCUGUAGACCUAUCUGUCUAUAUUUCCCCCUCCUCACUGUUUGGUCUAUUUUACUCUGUACACCUAACUUUCUAUAUUUUCCCCUCCUCACUGUUUGGUCUCUUUUAUUCUGUAGACCUAUUUUUCUCUAUUUCCCUCUCCUCACAUUUGGUUUCUUUUAUUGUGUACACCUAUCUUUCUAUAUUUCCCCUCCUCACUGUUUGGUCUCUUUUACUCUGUCGACCGAUCUUUCUAUAUUUCCCCCUUCUCACUGUUUGGUCUCUUUUACUCUGUAGACCUAUCUUUCUAUAUUUCCCCCUCCUCACUGUUUGGUCUCUUUUAAUCUGUAGACCUAUCUUUCUAUAUUUCCCCCUCCUCACUGUUUGGUCUCUUUUACUCUGUAGACCUAUCGUUCUAUAUUUCCCACUCCUCACUGUUUGGUCUCUUUUACUCUGUAGAUCUAACUUCUAUAUUUCUCCCUCCUCACUGUUUGGUCUCUUUUAUUCUGUAGAGCUAUCUGUUUAUAUUUCCCCCUCCUCACACUUUGACCUAUCUUUCUAUAUUUCCACCUCCUCACUGUUGGGUCUCCUUUACUCCUUAGACCAAUCGUUCUAUAUUUCCACCUCCUCACUGUUUGGCCUCUUUCAUUCUUUUGGUCUCCUUUACUCUGUAGACCUAUCUUUCUAUAUUUCCCCCUUCUCACUGCUUGAUCUCUUUAAGUCUGUAGAACUAUCUUUCUAUAUUUCCAUCUCCUCACUGUUUGGUCUCUUUUACUCUGUAGACCUAUCCUUCUAUAUUCCCCCCUCCUCACUCUUUGAUCUCUUUAACUCUACUUAUCUUUCUAUAUAUCCCCUCCUCUGUUUGUCCCAUUUACUCUGUAGACCUAUCUUUCUAUAUUUCCCCCUCCUCACUGUUUGGUCUCUUUUACUCUGUAGACGUAUCUUUCUAUAUUUCCCCCCCUCACUGUUUGGUCUCUUUUACUCUUUAGACCUAUCUUUCUAUAUUUCCCCCUCCUCACUGUUUGAUCUCUUUAAACCUAUCUUUCUAUCUUUCCUCCUCCUCACUGUUUGGUCUCUCUUACUCUGCAGACCUAUCUUUCUAUAUUUCCCCCACCUCACUGUUUUGUCUAUUUUACUCUGUAGACCUAUCGUUCUAUAUUCCCCCCUCCUCACUGUUUGGUCUCUUUUAAUCUGUAGACCUAUCUUUCUAUAUUUUCUCCUCCUCGCUGUUAGGUCUCUUUUACUCUGUAGAUCUAUCUUUCUAUAUUUCUCCCUCCUCACAGUUUGGUCUCUUUUAAUCUGUAGACCUAUCUUUCUAUAUUUCCACCUCCUCACUGUUUGGUCUCUUUUAAUCUGUAGACCUCUCUUCCUAUAUUUGUCCCUCUUCACUCUUUGGUCUCUUUUACUCUGUAGACCUAUCUUUCUGUAUUUCCCCCUCCUCACUGUUUGGUCUCUUUUAAUCUUUAGACCUAUCUUUCUAUAUUUCCUCCUCCUCACUGUUAGGUCUUUUUUACUCUGUAGACCUAUCUUUCUGUAUCUCCCCCUCCUCACUGUUUGGUCUCUUUUACCCUGUAGACCUAUCGUUCUAUAUUUCCCACUCCUCACUGUUUGGUCUCUUUUAAUCUGUAGACCUAUCUUUCUAUAUUUUCUCCUCCUCACUCUUUGGUCUCUUUUACUCUAUAGACCUAUCUUUCUAUAUAUCCCCUCCUCAGUGUUUGGUCUCUUUUACUCUGUAGACCUAUCUUUCUAUAUUUCCCUCUCCUCACUGUUUGGUCUCUUUUACUCUGUAGACCUAUCUUUCUAUAUUUCCUCCUCCUCACUUUUUGGUCUCUUUUACUCUGUAGACCUAUCUUUCUAUAUUUCCCCCUCCUCACUGUUUGGUCUAUUUUACUCUCUAGACCUAUCUUUCUAUAUUUCUCCCUCCUCACUGUUAUGUCUCUUUUACUCUACCUAUUCUCUAUAUUUCCUCCUCCUCACUGUUUGGUCUCUUUUACUCUGCAGACCUAUCUUUCUAUAUUUCCCCCACCUCACAAUUUGGUCUCUUUUACUCUGUAGACCCAUCGUUCUAUAUUUCCCCCUUCUCACUGUUUGGUCUCUUUUAAUCUGUAGACCUAUCUUUCUAUAUUUUCUCCUCCUCACUGUUAUGUCUCUUUUACUCUCUAGACCUAUCUUUCUAUAUUUCCCCCUCGUCACUUUUUGGUCUCUUUUAUUCUGUAGACCUAUCUUUCUAUAUUUCCCCCACCUCACUCCCUUUCUUUCUAUUUUUCCUCCUCCUCACUGUUUGCUUUUUUUACUCUGUAGACCUAUCUUUCUAUAUUUUUUCUUGUAUAACUCUCUAUGUCCAACUUGGUCCCUUUCUCAUUUUACUCAAUCCCGUUCUGUCACUUUAGCGAAUGUUUUUUUUAAUUUUUUGUUUCCUGACAUUGUUCUUCUCAGAAAUUACCACCUUAUCUAUCUAUCUAUCUAUCUAUCUAUCUAUCUAUCUAUCUAUCUAUCAUGA